AUGUUUUGCCGUCAAGCGUCAAGAACAAGAUGCUCUCCGGUAGGCAGACGUAUGUAUGCCUCGGUAACUCAACAUGACCAAAAGUACCUCAGCGCAAGAGAAAAUAUAAAUGUUUUGUUAGAGCAACAAGAUAGAUCAUCUUAUAUAUUGGCUCAAUAUGUUCCUGAACCCGCCAGGGAUGCCUUCUUAGCAAUACGAGGAUUUAAUUUGGAAAUCAAUAAGAUUAAUGAUGGAGGUAAAAAUAAAGGAUCAGUUUCUGCUCAAGCUUCAAAUCAAUUGAAAUCUACGAUGGGGGUGACGACAGCAGAUAUGAAAUUUAAAUUCUGGAGCGAUAUGCUUGCUAGAAUAUUUGCUGAUCCAUAUUCUGAUAAAGACAUCGGCGAGCCAAUUGCAAUUCUUCUUAGGGAAGCCAUUAAGAAUGACUUGAACAUGGAUAUAUCUUACUUCCACCAGUUUCUACAAACUAGGAGCCAUUUUCUAAAAAACAAAUAUUUCAAUACAGUUGAUGAUAUAUGUUCUUAUGGCGAGGGUACCUACUCUCAGCUUAAUUAUUUGACGCAGUCCCUACUAUUAUCACCUUCAAUUUCACCAUCUGCAAUUAAUGUUUUAGAAUAUUCUGAGUCAUUGCAAUCAUUAGUGAGCGAUAUUGCGGCACACAUUGGUCAAGCAACUGCUAUAGCUUCAAUGAUUCUAGGCAUAAAGUAUUAUUCAACGACAAGAAAUCAAGUAACUUUACCAAUUUCCAUCAUGACGAAAUAUGAUCUUUCUCAAGAAUCUUUGUUAAGUAUCACCCAAGGUCAUAGUAAAAACGAAGAUGAAAUUAGUGAUUUUAGAGAGAAAUUGAAAAACGUUGUGUACGAGACAGCUACUACGGCAAAUGAUCAUAUUAUAUCUGCAAGGAGCAAGCUAUCUCAGGUUCAAAGCGAGAUAAAAAACACUGUUGAAUUCCACAGUGACGAUCAGUACUUACAGAGACAUGCAAGGCGUUGGAGAAGAAAUAUUCCAGAUGCAAUAUUCACCCCGUUCAUGGUGUCUAUACCAACUUCUUUAUACCUCCAGAAACUUGAGAAGUAUGAUUUCGAUGUUAUGCAUCCUAAGCUACAACAAAAAGAAUGGAGGCUAGCUUGGACAUCUUACAAGAACUAUCACUUCAGAAGGAUUUGA